CACACGCACACACAUGCGCACACGCAAAAUCAUCCGUCGGCAAGCGUUCGGGGCGGGAGCAAAAUCGCGGCUUAGCCGAUUUCCAGUUCAACCCUCCCCAAAAGCAGACGGUCCUCGCGUGCGGUGUGCGUGUGCGUGUGUGUGUGUGCGGGUGUUUUGUGUGUUGUGCGCGAAUCUUUUCUACGGUCGUCGUUUCGAUGGGUGUCGUCGUCGGUGUACCUUUCUCGCAAUAGAAAGUUCCCGAAACAGCAAGCAAAAGGUGGUCGGCCAUACUAGGAAGUGAUCUGUGGGUGCAUUACAGUGUGUGUAAAGGUCGGAUCAGCAGCGCGAAGAAAAAAAAAAGAAGGAAACCAUGCUCCAGUGGACCGGGACACCGCGGAACUGAACUGGAUGUGUGGUGCGCCAAUCGCUCGUUCCACGUGCUCGUGCGUCCAAACUGCCCCAAGCCUGCCACGUGAACCGACUGCAGACUCCCAUUGCUGCAGAGUGAAGAAAGAGGGGACGGGGAAGGUUCAAUUCGAUCCAGCUGGGAGGAAAUAAGCAUCAUGACCACCACCACGACCUACAAACCGAAGGUAAACCUCAGCGAAGAGCUAGGCGAACGGCACGGCCGCGAGAUCGAGGAUGACUUCGGUGGCAAGGGCAUCGCGGUGGUCGUGCCGGAUCGGAACGCGAGCGCCGCCGCCAUUGAACUGCAAGCCGAGGCGGCCGCCCAUCAGAUGAUCCUGGCGGCGGCUGGGUCCGCCGCCACCGUCUACCUGACCGAAACGUUCUACAUCAGCUCGAAGAAGAACACCGUGUUCGAGGUACGGCUCACCGACAAGGGCCUCUGUCUGAAGAAGCAAUCGAACGGCGCGACGAAGGAGCAGACGAUCCCGCUCAAAGACAUCAUCGGCUGCCGGUGUUUGCGCAGCAAGCGCCGGUCGCGCGGCAGCUCCUCCUGCACCUGCGCGUCCAUCUCGAGCUCGAGCCAGCUGAAGGUGGUGGAGGAAAACUCGGGCGAGCAGGACGAAACGGACGUGAGCGCGUAUCUGUACAUCUACGCCUACAUCCUGAAGCGCAGCCGGCGGGGUGGGUUCCGCGAGCGCACCACCAUCACGCUGCGCUUCCGCUCGUUCGACCGGUACGAGGACAACAACCGGGAGGCGCAGAAGUGGCGCGCCUCGAUCAAGCAGCUGGUGGCGGGCGAGCCGGUCCAGAAGCCGGUGGCGUACCAGCCGCGCGAUACGCGCAAAAUGCUGAUCAUACUGAACCCCAAGUCGGGCUCGGGGAAGGCACGGGAGAUGUUUCAGCAGCGCGUGGCGCCCAUCUUUGCCGAGGCGGAGAUUCCGUACGAUCUGCACAUCACGAAGAAGAGCAACUGGGCGCGGGAGUUUGUGCGCGUGCGGGAUGUGUACCUGUGGCGCGGGAUCGUCGUCGUCGGCGGGGACGGCAUCUUCUUCGAGGUGCUGAACGGGCUGUUCGAGCGGGAGGAUUGGCAGACGGCGAUCGACGAGCUGCCGAUGGGGAUCAUCCCGUGCGGGUCCGGCAAUGGGCUGGCGAAAACCGUGUCCUUUCUUUAUGAAGAGCCUUUCGAAACGAAACCCGUACUGGCGUCAGCUUUAAUGGUAGUUAAGGGAAAACAUUCCAUGUUAGACGUAGUUAGAGUCGAAACUCGUUCCAAUAUCAUGUUCUCGUUCCUGUCGGUCGGCUGGGGUCUCAUCUCGGACAUUGACAUCGAAAGCGAGCGGUUGCGUGCCAUCGGCGGGCAGCGGUUCACCGUUUGGUCCGUCCACCGGCUGAUCAGCUUGCGCACGUACCAGGGCAAGGUGUCCUACCUGCCCGCCCUUAUCAGCCCCAGCGGGGCCGGCGGCGAAGGGCUGAACGGGGGAGGCGGUGGCAUCGGUACGCUGAAGCACAGCGUCAGCUACAACACCACGCUCAACUGUCGCGACUGCCGGGCGGGGCUGGGCGGACAGGAUGGUACGAGCGGAAGCUGCGACGCCUGUGAUACAAACUUUAGCGACGUGCUGUCGCUCGAAACCGGCACCAAUCUGGACUCGUUCCGGCCGCGCAUCGACAGCUGGUACUCGGCGACGUCGCGCAAAAGCACCUACUUCUCCACGGUGGACAGUGUGUACGAGAGCGACAAGGCUUCGAACGACGAUCCGACGCAGUGCGGCCCCAACGGUGGCACGGCAUCGCACGUGCAGAUGUACGGACCACCGUCCCGGUUGCCGGCCCUGACGGCGGCCAUCCCGGACAGCUGGCAGACGAUUGCCGGGGAGUUUGUGAUGGUACACGCCGCCUACCAGACGCACCUCAGCACGGAGUGCUACUUUGCGCCCCAGUCGCGGCUGAACGAUGGUAUCAUUUGGUUGCUGAUCAUACGGGCGGGCGUUUCCCGGUCGCAGUUGCUUUCGUUUCUGCUGGGGUUGAGCAGUGGCACGCAUCUGCCGCUGCAGCCGAACGAAUACAUCCAGAUGGUGCCGGUGUCGGCGUUCCGGAUCGAGCCGGCCGGCACGAACGGCCACAUGACGGUCGACGGGGAGAAGGUGGAGUGUGGCCCGAUCCAGGGGGAGGUGUUCCCUAGGCACACCAACACCACCACCACUAUGGCCAUCUAUUGCUGGGGCAAUACGGCCCACGGCGAGCUCGGUCUCGGUGGGAUCGAGGAGGAACAGGUGAUGGUACCACGCAAGAUGGAUUGGUCGCAGGCGGACGAGGUGGUCCGGGUGGAGUGCGGCACCAGCCACACACUGUUCCUCACGAAGGAGGGCAAGAUGUACGCGUGCGGCAACAAUGAUCACGGUCAGCUGGGCCACGACCUCGACACGCUACCGAACAAAAGGCCACGUAUGUCGAGAUUUAAGCGGCUAACGUCGCUGGAAAAUUACAUCAUCACUUGCAUCAGCUGCGGUACGGCCCACUCGCUAGCCCUCACCAACUGGGGCCAGGUGUUUAGCUGGGGCUCGAACGCCGUCGGCCAGCUCGGCCACGAUGCGGAGAACGGACGGCAACCAACGCCGCGCAUGAUCAAAGCGAUCGGGGCCAAGCACGUGGUGCAGAUCGCAUCCGGCCAGUAUCACUGCCUGGCGCUCACGAACAACGGCGAGCUGUACGCGUGGGGCUCGAACUCGUACGGCCAGCUGGGCAUCGGGACGACGAGCGAAAAGGUGCCCAUGCCCACCCUGAUCCAAUCGCUGGCCGGUGUACCGAUUGCAUUUAUAGCCUGCGGUGGCAAUCAUAGCUUUGCUGUAUCCAAAUCGGGCGCAAUAUUCGGCUGGGGUAAAAACACCUUCGGCCAACUGGGGCUGAACGAUCUGAACUCGCGCUGCUACCCGACCCAGCUGCGUACGCUGCGCAGCCUCGGCGUGCGGUACAUCAGCUGCGGGGAUGAUUUUUCCGUCUUUCUCACGAACGAAGGAGGCGUGUUUACGUGCGGUGCCGGCACGUUCGGCCAGCUCGGGCACGGUAGCUGCAGCAACGAGAUCGUGCCGAGGAAGGUGUUCGAGCUGAUGGGCAGCAAGAUUACGCAGAUCGCCUGCGGGCGGCGGCACACGCUGGCGUUUGUACCGUCGCGCGGGAAAAUCUACGGCUUUGGGCUGGGCGGUGUGGGGCAGCUCGGGAUCGGCAUGGUGGGCAACCACAGUACGCCACAGAUCGUGCGUGGACCGUGGUUUAAAACAGAUUUCCAACCAUCGGACUGUGAUGAAACGCAAAUAAUCGUGAAUCGCAUAUUUUCCGGCGGAGAUCAGUGCUUCGUGUCGCUGCUGGGAGGCGACGAGUCGGCCGAUUUCCGUGUUUAUGAUGACAGCACACAGAUUCUCUCGCUCUCGCUGGAAAUGGGCAAAGAGCUGGCCAAAAUAGAGCCCGAACAAACGGUCGAGCUGGAUGUGAUAUCGUCGGUGGAAACGAUCUUCAAAUCGCUCGCCUGCCUGAACGGCUCCCUGCUCCUGCCAAACGACGCGCACCUGUGCUGCACCUCCAAGCAUCCGGGCGUGGACAUGGGCGCGGCCGAGGAAACGUUCGACCAGAUACGCAAGAUCGAGCGGGAAUCGAUCCGCCAGCUGAUACGCGACUCGAUCGAGUCCGACCUGCUCGGUGCCUUAACCGCUUCCCCCGCCGACGUGGAGACGCUGCGCAUCUACCUGCUGCUGCCGCUCUACCACGAGUUCAUCAACCCGAAGCACUACCAGAAGCUGCACGCGCCCUUCAGCAAGGCGGUGCUGCAGCUCGCCAAGAACGCGUACGAGAUCGUGGUCGGCUGGUGGGCCAACCAGUCGCGGGAGUACUUCGAGCGGAUGGUGGAAAACUGCAAAAGCGUCGUGCUGUACAUCAUCAACUUUAAGUUUCCGCGCGUGGAGAGCCCGGCCGGGUCGGAGAAGCCCCACCAGCAGGAGCUGCGGUACGAUCCGCACCUGGCCGCCAUGCUGGACAUGCUGGCGGUACUGUACUGGAUCAACCACCAGAAGCGCACCCAGAAGCUGCCGUACGAGCAGUUCCACAUCAACGAGAUCGACGAUCUGAUCGACAUCCGGCAGGACUACUUCCGCUGGACCACCGACGCGAAGGGGGUCACAUUUUCGCUCUGCAACUAUCCGUUCGUGUUCAAUGCGUCCGCCAAGAUGCUGCUGCUGCAAACCGACCAAGCAAUGCAGAUGUACCAGGCGAUGCAGAGCGCCGCGACGGCCAGCUGGCUGUCGAUGCUGUACUCGCCCGCCGCCAAUUCCGCCGCCUGCCAGUACAUCGUGCUGAACGUGACGCGGGAAAACAUCGUUCAGGACACGAUCCGGGAGCUGUCGCACUACGCGGCGAGCGAUCUGAAGAAGCCAAUCAAGAUCAAGUUCUGCGGGGAGGAGGCGGAAGACGCGGGUGGCGUGCGGAAGGAGUUCUUCAUGCUGCUGCUGCGGGACAUUCUCGAUCCGAAGUACGGAAUGUUUAAGUCGUUCGAGGAAUCGAACGCGAUCUGGUUUACGGAGGAUUACUUCGACAGUGAUGAUAGUAUGUUCGCGCUGAUCGGCAUACUGUGCGGGCUGGCGAUCUACAACUUUACGAUCAUUGCGCUACCGUUUCCGCUCGCGCUGUACAAGAAGCUGCUGGGGGAGGAGGUCGAUAUGAAGGAUCUGCAGGAUUUGGCCCCGACGGUGGCACGAUCGAUGCAAAGCAUACUGGACUACGAGGGCGGCGAUCUGGAGGAGGUUUUCGAUCUAUGCUUUACCACGACGCGGGACUACUUUGGUGAGAUACAGACCAUUCCGUUGAAACCGAACGGAGAAAACAUUCGACUGACGCAGGGAAACAAGCAAGAGUUUGUGAAUCUGUACAUUGACUACGUGUUCAACAAAGCGGUUGAAAAAUCGUUCCGACAGUUUCACGCAGGCUUUAUGCGGGUCUGUGGCGGGCGCGUAAUGAAGCUGUUCAAGGCGCACGAGCUUAUGUCGGUGGUGGUCGGCAACGAGGAGUACGACUGGAACGUGCUGGAGGAGAACGCGGAAUACAAGAACGGUUACACGUGCGGUGAUCAGACGAUACGAUGGUUCUGGGAGGUGUUUCACGAGCUACCGCUGGAGGAGAAGAAAAAGUUUCUGCUCUUUCUUACCGGCUGCGAUCGUAUCCCGAUUAUGGGUAUGAAAGCGAUCAAGAUAUUCAUUCAACCGACGCCGGACGACAAAUUUCUACCGGUGGCGCACACCUGCUUCAAUCUGCUCGAUCUACCUCAGUACCAAACGAAGGAGAAGCUCAAGUACAAACUACUACAGGCAAUCCAACAGACUCAGGGUUUUAGCUUGGUGUGAAAAAGGUACAGCGGCGUCCUUUUCCCCCUCCAUCUUCAUAACUCCCUUUCUCGCUUUGUUUCUCUCUGGGACCCCUUGUUUUAGUGUAUUUCCGGUGCGCAAAGACCCCAGAGAUCGUUCGGAUUUGUUUUUUUUUUAUUUAACUAUGCUAUGUGAUGUUUUUGAUAAUGGAAGAUUACGUAAAGCUCUGAGAUCAAACCUCUA